AUGGCUGAUGAGACAGUGGAGAUUCAAACAGCCACAUCACACGUGGCUCGUCGCUCGAAACUUGACGAGCUUUUACAGUCGGUCGCCAACGGUGGAGCCACUCCUAGAAGUAACUCGUGGAGUCGGGAGCAGCAAGCGGACAUGGAAGCCCAGCAGCUCACACAAUCUGCUCGCUCACCAAGAAGCAAGAGUAUGAAUCGUCCACGAGUGAAAGAGUUCGAGGAUGAUGACAAAGAGAAGCGUGAUAAUGCAGAAGCGGCAUUCCGUGAGUGGUUGAAGAGAAAAGCAGCGGAGCCAAAGACUCCAAGAGCGUCACCAUCAAGAGAAGCGAUCUCCAAACAUUUGAAAGACGAAGCCCGUCAACGUGUUAUGAAUCAGUGGCACAAUAACAAACGGUUUGCGGCAAAAAUGGAUGCAUAUGUCAACGGAAAUAGCUCUGCACAGAAGCCAGAUGGAAAUCAAACUUUGUAG